AUGACAGACGUAGAGGCCUUCCGAGAUGCGGAGUACCUCGCUGACGUAUCCGGCAUCUCCUAUGACGAUGCGGAGCCAACGGGCACGCUCAGCAGCGAUGACAGUCGCGUGAGAAAGGCCCAGUCCGCCACAAAGGUCGCCUUCAUUGAUCGCCUGCUCCGUGAUCUUGAUGUUCUAAUAUACUGUCAACUGUCGGCGCUGUAUUACAUGGACUGCUCCAUCGUUCUAUUUGCUGCUCGUGCUGUCAUAGAAUUGAUCUUCUUUACGCCCAAAGUACCCCCAUUUGAUCCCACGCGCAACCAGCCCUAUGUCGGCGCCAUUAUCGCCAGUAAUCUGUUUUGUAUGCUCCUCCAUGCAUUCUUCAUCCGGCCCGAGGCUGGAGAAAGCACGCGCGGUUACCUCCACGGAGGCCUGUUCAUCGAUUUCAUUGGACAGACGCCUGUGUCUGUAUUUCGGCUUUUGGUCUUUGACGUCCUGGUCUUUCUGGUCGAUGUCGUGAUGCUGGCAUUGGUAAUCGAACGAGUCAAGACGGUUGGAUCCAAUCCAUCCACCACUUCUGCUACUACCGCCACAACUACCGGCCCAGGGACAGAAGCGGACCAGUCGUUCUCGCAGGACCAUGACUCGGAAGAACGGGGCGUGCUCAGACAAGGCGAGACCUCCCGCGAGCUAGACGGCGCUGCGCGGGAUGACCCCACUUCGUUGUCUUUGUCUGGCAGCGCCAUUGACGAGGAUGCCGCAGAGGAACGCACAACACUCCUCGCAGACCCAGGCGAGGGCGCGUCUGCCCGCGGCUCUCGGGACCGCCACCCGUUGGAUUCGUUUUCUACCGGGCAGACGAUCAUUGUUCACAUGGGCUUUCUGGAUACCUUGCGCGAUCAAUGGCGGUACUCUACCACCCCGAACCGGCCCACCGGCUACGUGCCAUCUCCUGAAACUGCUACUUUCCUCCGCCAACGCUUUGGUCUCCAGGUUGGGACGGAUGGUCGGAUUGUCCGGGUGGACCAGUAG